AAGAAUUUGAGGUGUCUGUUUUUCCUAAGAGAUAAGAAACAAGCCAAUUUGUGUGUGUGCGGGAGAGAAAGAAAGGUGAUUGAAGCUGAGUAGGUGUAAUUGGAAUCUUUCAGUUUCAGAUGCAAAUGGAUAUUCGAGCUGGAAUCGGCAGCUUAAUAUCUCACAGCUUUUGGAGAAAUCCCCAGAAAUCUAUAUCUUCUAAUCCUUGUUCUUCUCUCAAAACUUUCUGCUCCAAAAACGACUCUAAGCAACCUCAACAAAACGGUGAUAACAGGGGUGAUAAAUUCUCUACCGACUGGGACAAGGCAUGGUCAAAUUUCAGGAAGCAGAGCAAAAAGUCCUUCUUCUCAGGGUUUUCUCCUAACAAGUAUGUUACCUGGAAUCCCAGACAAUCAAACUAUCCCUUGUCUGAAGAGGUCGAUCCCAUAAAGAGAACAGAGAGGUCAAAUCUCAAGUUAUGGACCAGUCCAGGAUUUACUUUAGUAGGGGCCAUAUUAAUAGUCUCAUUCCUUUUGCUGUAUACCAUUAUUGCUCCAUCACAGCCUGAUAUAGGUUGACAAAUAGUUGCUGGAGAUGCUGAAGAGGAUGGAACUGGAUGUAGCCAGGGGCCAGGGAAGCACCCAUGUUAGCUAAUUGGUUGUUAUGGUCUUGCUUUCUUGGUCUUCCCAUGUGUCUUCCUCCCCUCAAGAAAGUGGAACUAAGAGCCAAAUAUGUUUUUAAUCCUACUCUGCAUCAACCCUAUUGUCUUCUCUUCACCUUUGAACGAUGCCUAUUCCUUCUUGUCCGGUACUACAGGUUAUCUCAUAAGUCGUUUUCAAGGGUAGACAGGAAUGACCCGAAAUAGUAGGAUAAGAAACAGUUGGGUUUUGAGCUUGAGAUGGUGAACUUGGACUUGGCCCUUUGCUGGUUAUGAAUCUUACCUUUCAUUACCAUCAAUUGCUUUUGCUGGUCUGGUAGCAUCAUAUUCACAUCUAUCCCUUGCUUUUUAUUUUUUGUUUUUCACUUUUUUCCCUUCAAU